UUUUUUUUUUUUCUUUUUUAUAUAUAUAUUUUAUUCAUAUACUUAUGAGUACACAACGUGUUACAAAGAAACGAAGAAGACAAUGUGAAACUUGUAUCAAUUGUCGGUCAUCAAGAAAACAGUGUGAUAAAGGUUAUCCUUGUAGAAAUUGUGCUGAUAAUAAUAGAAAAUGUCUUUACGCCAAAGAAUUUCCUUAUAGUAAUUUAUCACAAGAACAACAAGCAGCUAUUUUAGAACGACUACUCUAUGAAGCAAAAGGAAAAUAUGACUUGUUAAAAAAAUAUAUGAAUAAAACUGAAGAUUGGAAAUCUCAAGUAGUAUUAGCAAACAACAAACGACAUUUAGUACGAAAUAUUCGAAUGGAAGCUGAUAUGUAUGAUAGUUUACGUCAACAAACUGCUGCUCGUCUGGUCAAGAUUACUGUUCCUGGUGAACCUGAAUGGCAACUUCAAGAUGGUGUUUAUCAAUCUGUUUUUCAACGAAACUCAAGAUUAAUCACUCUCACAAGUAAUUUGUACAAAGAAACAGUUCCUCCUUUACCUAGGUCAUUGGAUACAAGUGAAUUAUUCUCUAUUGAUAUUGCUCGUGCUAUGGUAUCUGUAGAAGAAGUUGAUAUGUUAAUUGCUCUAUACAAUGAUUGUUACUCCUUCUCUUCUCUUCCUGAAUUUAUUACUCCUCAUCUGGAUGACAAUGGUGAUUAUGAUCUACUUCUUAGUUCCGUUAUGACUUUGAUGCUCUCUCAUGCUGUCAAUUUACACUCAAUGAAAGUUGACAAUCAUCAGCAACUCUCUCAUGCUUUCUAUCAUUACACAAGAGACCUCCUUUCGAAACGAAUGACAGCUCUUCAACAACAACCCGAUAUCAUGUGUUUACAUACCACUUUUAACUUGAUGCUUUAUGAAGCCGAAAAUGGAUAUUUGGAUGAAGCUACACUUUCACGACAAUCAAUGUCCGUCAUGAUCGAUUCUCUUCAUAAACAAUACUCAACAAUGUCUGUUUGGCAACAAAGUCUUCUUCGUCACUUAUUUUGGGCAAUAUUUACGGCUGAUGCUUCAAGACACAAUCUACAAAUGCAAACUCACGUUAUAUGUAGCUCCUAUAUGCAAGUGGAUAAACAACGACCUUCUGAACAUUGUGCUCAACCAGUUGAUCGUCUCAAAGAAGAAUAUAUUUAUUAUCGUUGCCGACUUGCUGAUAUCAUUCGCCAUAUUGAUGAUAUUUGUUACAAACGUACACCAUCGUCAUCAUCAUCGUCAUCAUCAUCACCAUCAUCAACACCUCCUUCUACAUCAUCUUCGUCAUCAUCAUCAUCUGCUUCAUCUUCUUCUCCAACUCAAACACCAAGUCCAUCUAGUGAUACCUCAUCUGGGAAUGGUAUUCGUGGUCAAGAUAUCAAGUUACUCGAAAACGAAUUAUGGGAUCUUUAUCAUGAAUUGCCUACUUGGGUGACAGAUGGACAACCUUUGGAAUCUGUACAAUUAUCGAAAUAUGAUGGAUACUUUGGACACCCUGCUACCCGUCCCAGUGUCGAUCCUUGUGUACACAGCCGUGCACAUCCUGUUUGUAAACGUACAUUGGAUGAAGUAUGGAUUCGACGAUUACGAUAUCAUUUUCUUGUUGAAUGGCAUGGUACCUUUUUAUACCUCUAUCAAAUAUUUUUACCCCAACCUGGUGAAAUCAUUCAACUUCCAUUUAUGCGUUGCUUUGAACAUGGACAAUUGAUGGUGGAUGUAUUGACCAAAUGGGCAGAUGAUCCUGACUUUUUUGACUGUUACUGUUACCCGGCCUUGCGCUCUAUCUUGGUGGCCUCCCAUAUUCAUAGAUACCUUCUACAAUCAGAAUUUGACGAUAUUCGAAACAAAGGUUAUGAAUUAUUAUUCAAACUUUUUUCUGUUAUUCAACGAUCCAACAUCUACAACCUUUACAAAGAUACUGCAUUUAUUCUCAAUAUCAAGGAUGCUUUCGACCGGAUUCGACGUGAUUAUCUCCUCGCUCAACGCAAUGCUCCUGUACCUUCCCCUGUUAUCAAUUUGGAUCAAUUCAAUCAUCAAGGCAAUUUCUUUGGUAGCAAUCUGGACAAUGAUGAUGAUGACCUUUAUGUGUAUACUGCAACUGCAUCUUAGAAGAAAAUCAUCAUCUUCCUCCAUUCUAUUGUUACGAUUUGACUAGUUAGUUAUUCUUUUUUUUUUUCUUUUCACCGGUUGAUCAUAUAUCUUUUUUUUUUUUGUGAAAUAAAACAUAUCCUGAUUAUUCAUUCAAAA